CUUUCGGCGCCUCAGGGGGCCCGGAGCGCCUGAGGGACCCCUCAGUGCCUCAGGAGGACCCGCCCGUGCCUCACAGCGCUCCCCAGCGCCUCAGGGGACCCCAGUUCUAACUUGCUGAUAUUCAGUGCCAAGGUGGCUGUAGAGUGGGGAAUCGUUGGAGUUCCAGAGCAACUUGUGACCUUCCAGCCCCGGGUUUAGUUACAAGUGGGUUUUUGAAACACAGGAUGGCUACUCAACAGCUACUCAAGCAAAAGAAAAAGCCCUGUAAGGAAGCAGUGCUGUUCCCUGAGAGCAUCACCACAGAGAAGCAGUCCCUGGUGCUGGUGAAAAGGCUCCUGGCCAUCUCUGUGUCCUGCAUAACCUACAUGAGGGGGCUGUUCCCAGAGGGCUCCUACUGCACUCGCUAUCUGGAUGACCUCUGUCUAAAAAUUCUCCGAGAAGAUAAAAGCUGUCUGGGAUCACUGCAGAUAGUCAAGUGGAUUCAAGGUUGUUUUGAUGCUUUGGAGAAGCAGUAUCUACACGUGGCUGUCCUUGCAAUUUACACCAAUCCUGAGACAGUCACUGAAAUGUAUCAAUUCAAAUUCAAGUACAAAAAGAAGGUGCCCCAGAUGGACAUCUGCAGCAACCACAGGGAGUUUGUGGCAGGGCUGUGCGGCAAGGAUGUCAAGCAGGCCAGCAGGUUCCUGCUCCGGAGCCUGUACGUGCUCAUGCAGGACCUCGGGCCUCUGCCCAAUGACAUCACCCUGAGCAUGAAACUCCUCUACUACAACAAUGUCACACCCAAGGAUUACCAGCCCCCUGGCUUCAUGGAAGAUGGCAACCUUGGUGACUUCUUGUUUGCUGGGGAUCCUGUCCACCUGAGACUGGGCUCAGUCUCCACUGACUUCCACCUCAUGAAAGUCAAAGUGAUAACUGAGAAGAAGAGGGUGAGGAAGGCUGACAGCAACCUGAUCCAGAAGAAUGGCCCUACUGAGAUCUCCCACCAAGGGCUAGACUGCGAGGAAGAGGAGGAGGAGGAGAGCACAAAGAAUCACCCUUGCCCUGUCAGAGCAGAUUCCAAUGAGCAUGAAGGGGACAGAAGUGACACCCAUCCAGGCAGGAAAACAGAAGCAUCUUCUUUUUGCCUUAAAGAUACAGGUAGGAAGAAUAAGAGGGCAAUAAAGAAGACGGACAGGAUGCCUUGCUCAAGGGCAUGUCAGCAGAUAAACCUCCUGAACCUUGCCUUCAGCCAGGAAGAGGUAAUAGGACCUGAGAAGAAAAGGAAGGUCAGUGAACCAAAGAAGCUUCCUCUGAAUGGCAGAAAAUUCUGUUCGUUCUGACACACAAUACGUUUGGAAGGUGUGAGUUUGCAUUGUCAUCUGACUACAGAGCAGGGUUUAACUCUUCCCUGUCCCAUGUGUAUUUCUGUAUGUUUGUCUCGUGGAAGCUCUGGAUUGCCAAAAGACAACAAGCACCAGAACUGUCAUGGCAUUGUCAACCUGCUGCACUUGUUUGAUGUUCUUAAGCUGACGAUUUAUCAUUCCACAUUAA